AUGGCUGAUAGAAUCCAUCCCGCCACUACAAUUACCAACAUCAAAACAGCCAUACCCCUAACACUAGAUUAUGAAUCUGUUGAAUAUAAUAAUUGGGCAACAUUGUUCACCUUCCAUGCUAAAGCCACACUCACAUACGACCAUAUUGCUCCUUCUCCGGUCGACGGUGAUACUACGGUUUCUCCUCCCAGAACCAUGGAACAGCAAGCCCAAUGGGAUUGCAUUGACAACAUCGUUCGUCAAUGGAUUUAUGGCACCAUCUCCCAUGAUCUCUUAAACACCAUUAUCAGUCCUAACGACACGGCUGCAGAUGCCUGGAAUCAUCUGGCGGAAUUAUUCCAGGAUAAUAAGUCUGCUCGAGCCAUCCAUCUAGAGACUGAAUUUGCAAAUACUUAUUUGCGUGAUUUCCUUGAUACUAAGGCGUAUACUCGCCGUCUCAAGGUAUUGGCUGAUCAGUUAGCUAAUGUCGGAGCUAAGGUCUCUGAUCAGCGCAUGGUGCUACGUCUUCUCAAUGGAUUGACUGACGCAUAUGAUAGCUUUGUGACUGCGGUUCAGAACAAAGUACCCUUGCCCACAUUUGCCUAA